GUUUGGCACACAGCGCCUGAAGAAGACUAGCGGCAUGAGCUGCCAGGUUUCAGAGGAGAAAUCAUGGCGGAUUACGAGCAUAUCAGGAGAGGUGGCACCGACGACGGAGGGCCGCAGGAGGAGGAAGGCAGAGUGAAAACUAAGCCUGUCUCUUGUAGCAAUGUGGGAGGAGAAGGGGCCGCAGUCAAACGCACAUCCCAGCAUCUCACACCUGAAGAUGAGGACGAGUCCUCAGCGGAUCCACCUGCACCCCGCAAAGUCUCCAAGAUAGGCUUUAGCAUGAGCGGUCAGAUGGGGAAGAAGUCCAACCCCAUAUCUAUCAAACUUGGAGCAACAAAACCCAAAGAGCCUGCACCAAUAGUUCCUCCGAAAAAGGCAGGGCUGGCGUCUGUUUUUAAUGAAGAUGAUGAUAGUGAACCUGAGGAGAUGCCUCCAGAAGCAAAGAUGAGGAUGAAGAAUAUUGGCAGGGAGACGCCGACAUCUGCGGGUCCCAAUUCCUUCAACAAGGGCAAGCAGGGUUUCUCUGAUCAUCAGAAACUUUGGGAGAGGAAGAUGAAGGCCCAGGCAGACAAACUGUAAAUCACUACCACAGUUUUUGCCACUAAUAGAUAAUUUUACAUAGUUCAAAGCAUGUCAGGGAUAUCUAAGAAGGCUCAAAUGAUUCCUCACUGCAGCCUUGGUUUUGACAAGUUCUCUGCGUUGUUAACAUGAGAUGAAGAAUACUUUAAGCCUAAUAUGAUGCUCUGUAAAUGAAAUCACGUUUAAGUUUCUGACCACUACCGGCUGAUGCUAACUAAGAGGAGAGGUACCAGUGUGUCAACACUCUGUGAUGAGAGGUGCAUAGUGGGGUGAUGGAGAUAUGGGACAAACGAAUUAGCCAGAAUAUUGUUUAAACUGUGUAAAUUUUGCAACGGUUGUUUCUGCUGGCUAAUGAGCUAAUCUAGCAUCUUAGAGCCCUCAUGCCCCUUUUGUGACAUACUUGUUCCUAUCUGAAGCUGGUUGGGUUUUGUCCCGAGCAAGCCCUUAGUGUCGCUUGUCAAAUCUUUGUGUAAAAAUGUACAUAGAAUUGUGAUGUUUUAUUUUUUAAAUCCACGAAGGGUGUUUGAGAGUUAUGUUACUGUGUGUGUGUGUGUGUGUGUGUGUGUGUGUGUGUGUGCGCGCGCGUGGCUAAGAUUAGGUGUGUGGAUGGGUUAGUUUUUUGUUGUUUUUUUUUCAUUUCCUCAAAAUCAAUGUACAACCCUUUGUUUUCACCAGCUGUGCCACGUCACUGGCAGUUUAUUUUGUUUUAUGUUAGUGUGAGGUUUGUGCCAGUAGUUCUGGAUUUAAUUUGUAUUUCUGUCUGCUUCACUGAAACUGGCAAAAAAAUGUGGCUGUGAUCUUUUUUAUGUUCACAGUGGAAGGACUGCUAAUGUGUUUUUAUUUGACACCUGUCAAACAUAUACCAGAGGCUGGUAACACUCAUAUUGAAUAAUUUCCAAGGGGUUAAAAUACAGGUUGGCAAUGAUUAGGUACUUUUAUGAUCUAUUUUUACAUCAGAAAGCCCACACUGCAGAAAUAUCCCUACAUUUCAGAUAAAUGUGGUACCUCAGUGACUCCCCCUGUGCCUGACACUUUUUGGAAACUCCCUUUUGAUCCCACAUACAAAUCUAUAAACUCGAGUUUCUGUGGGUUACCUGACCGUUGUGCUUCCCCAAAUGAAUCAUGUUAAUAUCCACUGCUACAACAUGUUUUAUCAGACAGUUCCCCCACAUAUUGUAAGUCAGCCAAAUAAAGUUUUUGGAUGAUUUGUA